AUGGCAGAGACGACAGCGACGGGAAAGACGAAGAAGACUAUUGUCUUUUUCCAUCCAGAUCUUGGCAUUGGCGGUGCCGAGAGGUUGGUGGUCGACGCCGCUGUGGGACUGCAGAACAGGGGCCACAAGGUUGUCAUCUUCACAAGCCAUUGUGAUCCCAAACACUGCUUUGACGAGGCCAGAGACGGAACCCUCGAGGUUCGCGUGCGCGGCAACACCAUCUUCCCACCCUCAAUCCUCUCCAAGCUUAGCAUCUUCUGCGCCAUCGCGCGGCAGCUGCACCUCCUCGUCCAGAUCCGCCUCAAUGGCGAGCUCGCCUCCCUGCGGCCCGAUGCCUUCUUCGUCGACCAGCUCAGCGCGGGGCUGCCCCUCCUGCAGUUCCUCCAGCCGAAGGCGCCCAUCCUGUUCUACUGUCACUUCCCCGACCUCCACCUCGUCCAGGGCCGCGACAGGUGGCUGAAGAAGCUCUACCGCCUGCCCUUCGACACCCUCGAGAGGUGCAGCAUGAGCUUCGCCGACGCGAUCGCCGUCAACAGCAAGUUCACCAGGGGCGUGGUCUCACGCACCUGGCCGAGCCUGGCUAGGGGGAGGGACCUCAAGGUCGUGUACCCCUGUAUCGACAUAAGGCCCGCAAAGAGCGUGGGCGGGGCCAAGGAGGGAGGACUGGUAUGGGACCACGGCGGCAUCAUUCUGAGCAUCAACCGCUAUGAACGCAAGAAGGACAUCGCCUUGGCUAUCAGGGCAUACGCCGGUCUGCCACGAGACAGGAGAAAUGGCGUCAAGCUCGUCAUUGCUGGUGGAUACGACUCCCGCGUGUCUGAAAACGUCUCCUAUCACAGGGAGCUCGUCGAGCUCGCCAAGUCUCUCAAACUCACCGAGGCGACCGUACACUCAGCACAGACCGCCUUGGCCGUGCCGCCCGAGAUCGACGUCAUAUUCCUGCUGUCGGUCACAAAUACGCUCAAGCAGCAGCUCCUCAGGUCGGCUAAGCUGCUCGUCUACACCCCCUCGAACGAGCACUUUGGAAUCGUACCUCUCGAGGCCAUGCUGGCGGGCGCCCCCGUGCUGGCGGCCAACACCGGUGGGCCGACGGAGACGGUCGUCGAGGGCGAGACGGGCUGGCUGAGGGACCCGGCCGACGCCGCCGCCUGGACCGAGGUUAUGGACAAUGUUCUGAACGGGAUGAGCCCGGAGCAGCUAGCCGAGAUGGGCCGUAAGGGCGACGAGAGGGUCCGCGGCCAGUUCGUGGACACCCAGAUGGCCGAGAGGCUCGACAGGAUCCUGACGAGCGUCGAGAACCCCCGGCGGGAGGGGAGCCUGGUUGCCCUGCUGGGCUUCUUGGGCUCGGGUGCACUAGUCUUCUUCGUGCUGGCCGCCCUGGUCGUGCUGGUGGCCAUCGUAUCGACUAAACAAUGA